AAUGGUUGAAUGGUGUAUUGGGUUUUUUAAAUAAAUAAUCCACUUCACAAUUCACAAUAUUCACGUUAAUUGCAAAUGCAACUGCAACUUGUAGUAAAGCACUUGGCUAUAAUGUGAAGGAUAAAUGCAGUGAAAGUUGUUCUACCGUAGGAAAUUAUUUGAGCAAUGUGGUUAUUUCAUCAUUCUCAUUUACUUGUACAUGUAAGAUACAAGUAGACAUUGAUUGUUCUAUAAAAUGUAUUGAAUUUUUCUCAUACUGCUCAUCUCAUUGCUUACAGCCGAUAUACACAGAAAAGAAUAUAAUUAUAACUAAUAAAGAAGUAUUGCAUAGUUAAAAGUCGAAACAUAACUUUUUAAAGGCCAAAAAGACAUUGACAUGUUACUUAAUUUCAUGACAUGACCACAAAUCAAAAUAACAUAAAAAUCCAUAAUGUGAUAAUUAAAUAAAAUAUCAUUUCACAUCCACUAAUACUUAUAAAACAUAAAAUAAUUUUUAAAUAUCUUAACAUAACAAAAUAAAUAGUCAAUUUUAUAUUUUUUACUUUACCAGUCAACUAUUCAGUAUUUCAAAAUGUGUGAAGGUUUAGACUUUUUAGAACCCACCUGGACUGUUUUUGGUGAUUGCUUCCCUUCAUCUAAUCAAAUUGGAUCCGAGAAACUGCCGCAUUUGAAUGCUCUUCCGUCCGACGAAAAGCCUCAGCGACGUGUUUUCUUUGCUGAGGACGACUACGUCAUAAACUCGAAUCUAAAUACAAAUGCGAAAAUUGAAAACAUUAGUAAAAUAAAAUUAAAGCUGCAAGACAUACAAGAUGCACACAACAGAAUAAAGAAUGAUGUUGUCUUUACUCCAAUAGUUGAAUCUAAAUACAUCGGUAAAAAUGUUUGUAAUGUUUUUUUCAAAUGUGAAAAUUUACAAAACACGGGAAGUUUCAAAGCACGUGGCGCCUGCAAUGUGUUUUGCAAAAUGUCACCAUCAGACAAAAGUAAGGGCUGUACUAUAUCUGGAGGCAGGAACUAUUUGUCGGCGAUGACCUAUUAUGGGUUCAAGCAGUCAGUGCCGAUUAACGUCAUUAUUCCUAAGGACAGCCCUCUAGCGGACAAACAGAGAUAUAAGGAGAAUUUCGCUAUUAUAAAAGUUCAUGGCAAUGAUCUUAAUGAUGCCAGCUUGCAUGCACUCACCUACUCUGAUGAAAUCGGCUCUAACUAUAUACACGGCACCGACAGGUUGGAUUUGAUGGCGGGUUACGGUACGUUGGGUCUAGAAUUGCUCACACAAAUGGAUAAACUGGACGCCAUCAUCUGCCCGGUGGGCAGUGGAGGUCUGGUAGCCAGUCUUGUUCUAGCAGUCAAGAGCUUGAAACCCUCCUGUUUGAUUUAUGGCGUAGAGUGCACUGCAGCACCAACAAUGACAAAAGCCCUCCAUGAGAAGAAACCAGUCAUAGUGAAGCUAAACCCCACUGUUGCCGACAGCGUCGCCAGCAUCAUAGCUAGCAACAACGCAUACAAUAUUAUCAAAGGAUAUUUGGAUAGAAUGGUAACUGUUGAUGAACGUUGGAUAUCCCGAGCUAUGAUAACACUUAUGGAGCGUGAAAAAAUGCUCGUAGAAGGUGCUGCUGCCUGCUCUGUCGCCGCUAUCAUGUCCGGAAAAGUAUCUGAACUUCGUGGGAAAAACGUCGUGUGCAUUUUAUCUGGAGGCAAUAUCAAUUGCACGAAAAUAUCGCGGGUCAUUGAUCGCGGCAUGGCUGCCGAGGGGAGACUGGUCAAGUUUAGCGCCAUCCUACCUGAUAUACCUGGUGCGAUGGCCAAACUCCUUGCCAGGGUAAACGAAAGUGGUGCUGACGUCAAGAGUUUCGUGCCAGAACGCGCUUGGAUGAGGCGGGAUAUCUUUACUACAUGCGGUGACUCCGAAAUGUCCAUCGACCGGCCACACGUUUUAUGUUUUAAUGAUAUCAAACUAGCAGCUGAAAGAAUUGAAGGCGGAAUAAUACAUACCCCGUUAUGUGAGGCGAAACUAAGCAAGUACAUGGAUUACGACCUUUAUCUCAAAUGUGAAAAUCUACAAUAUACAGGAAGUUGUGCAGAACGGGGUAUUCGUAACGCUCUCAUGGCGUACGGAGACGAGAGUUGUGAGCGAGGAAUUAUAGUACCGUCACAUGGAAACAUGGCAUUAGCUGCUGCUUACCAUGCAGGCGCCAUAGGUGUGCCGGUGACGGUUGUGUUGCCUGACCGAACUUCACCAUCUCUUGCGCAUCGUUGUUCAGAAUUAGGCGCGGAUGUGGUGUUGUGUGGUGAAUGUGUGGACGACGCCAUCGCCUACGCGAAAAAGGUUCACCAGGAUACGAGACAAAUUUUACUGAGUUCGGAUGAUCCUUUGGUGAUGGCCGGUUUGGGUACUGUCGGUGUGGAGAUUAUAACGCAGCUGCCAGAAGCAGACGCGGUCAUCGUGCCAGUGACAAGUGGCGCUCUGCUAGCCUCGGUGCUUGUGGCUUGCAAACGACUCAAAUGUUCCUGUUUGGUUUAUGGGGCAGAGUGUGCAAAAGUUCCCAAGAUGAUGAAGGCUCUACAAGCGGGACAACCUGUGCCCGUUCCCGUUGUACCAAAUCUUGCCGAAGGACUUAACGUUUCUAUGAUUGGAGCCAACGCUUUUGCCACUAUUAGAGGAAAACUCGAUAGAAUGCUCGUGGUGGAUGAAGUCUUUGUCGCACGUGCAAUAAUAUCUAUGUUGGAGAGGGAACGAUUAGUUGCCGACGGAGCUGGCGUUUGUGCUAUCGCCGCAGUAUUACAAGGAUUAGUACCGGAACUUAAGGGAAAACGUGUUGUGUGCGUUAUAAGUGGUGGAAACGUGGACUCUGGUCGACUGUCUCGCACUAUCCAACGUGGUCUCGGCGCUUGUGGCCGGCUGACUCGUUUUGCUGUCGCCGUGCCGGACCAUCGAUCCGGUCUAGAGCAUCUCUCGAAAACUAUCGCUGAUGAGAAUGCUGUACUAAAGAGUUUGGUCACCGAGCAAAUGUGGGUCCACAGUGACGUUGGAACAACUUGGGUAAAUGUGGUAGUAGAAACUGCCAAUGAAGAACAUGCAACAAGUUUUAAAGACCACCUCAGAGACAUCUACCCAUCAGCAAGAUUUGCAGUUAUAGACCUUGAUGACAAGCACAAAAUUGCUGUACGAUAAUUCAUAACUAAAAUAAAUUUAAGAAAAUAUUAUGAUACUGACACUUUAAAAAAAAAGAUUUUGCUAGAUGAGUAAUAACUUAUUGACAUAUAUUAUUUUACAACUGUUUAGUAUGGGACAUUUAAAAUAAAUUAAACCAAGCA